UUAAAAAGUUUUUGUGGUGUAAAAGUAAUUUUUUAAACCGAAAACAUUCAACGUCAUUAAAUUUUUAUACACAUAACAUAUUAAUAGUGUGGAAGAAAAAUGAUCAAAUAUUCGAAAAAAAUUUAUUUUAUAUAUUGAAGAAAUCAUUUUUUUAACAACUUUCAUGAGUUUAUGACGAAAAAAAAACUCAGAUAAAAGAAUUACAAAAUACCUAACAAACUCAAUAGAGAAGGAAACUAUAGAGAACUUAAUAUUAUUUAAGUUGGUUGAAUUGAAAUAAUCAACUACAAUUGAUUUAUAAAAUUACAAUAUUGUUCAACAUUAUAAAGGAAACAUGGCAUCAAUAAAAUCAAUCAUUUUAAUGUUAUCCUUUUUUAUUGGAUAUAUCAAUUGUGGAAAUUUGAAUAUACGGAAUUCAUUCAAUGAUCAGUUCUAUAAUGAUAUAAGAAAACUUAUUAAAAGAAAAAUGCACGAGAACUCUGCUUAUCAAGAUAGUAGUAAAGAGAAUUCAUUAAAUAUACCAACGCCGAUAUUAGUUGAAAAUUGGCCACAGAAUAAAUUAGAACUUGGACAAGUUGUUGCUGUGUCAAUCAAUCCAUCCGGAAAUCCAGUAAUAUUUCAUCGUGGUAAUCGCAUAUGGGAUGAAACAACUUUUAAUGGUACAAAUCACUUUCAACACAUCGAUGAAGGGCCAAUAUCAGAAAAUACAAUUUAUAUAUUGAAUUCACAUAAUGGUAUAAUUGAAGAUGGUUGGGGUAAAGAUUUAUUUUAUAUGCCACAUGGUAUGACAAUUGAUAUGCACGGAAAUUAUUGGAUAACUGAUGUUGGAAUGCAUCAAAUUUUUAAAUUUAAGGCAUUUGAAAGAACACCAGUAAUAACUUUAGGAAAAUUAUUUCAACCUGGGUCUUCCACACAUCAUUUUUGUAAACCAACUGCCAUUGCAGUCGCUACAACGGGAGAGUUUUUUGUAUCUGAUGGUUAUUGCAAUCAAAGAAUUCUAAAGUACAAUGCCGCUGGACGGUUAUUAAGAACAAUUCCACAACCACCAGAAUUCAUGUCGUUGCAAGUACCACAUGGGAUUACACUACUUGAACAUCUUGAUUUAUUAUGUAUUGCUGAUAGAGAGAAUAUGAGAGUUGUAUGCCCAAAGGCUGGUCUUAAAUCUUCAUUUGGAGAAGGACAACCUGCCGCAACAAUACAGGAACCAGAUUUAGGAAGAGUUUUUGAUGUAGCUGCUUAUGGUGACAUAGUAUAUGCAAUAAAUGGACCAACAUCACCAAUAUUUCCAGUUAGAGGUUUUACUUUAGAUCCGAGAGCUGAGACUGUUAUCGACCAUUGGGGUGAAUUUUCAAAUCCUCAUUCAAUAACCGUCUGUAAAAAUGGGUCAGCAUUAUAUGUUGCUGAGAUUGGGCCAAAUACUGUUUGGAAAUAUGUUCUAGUCUAAAAUUUGACACACAAAUCAAAAAUGUUUUCAAAUGUUAAUACAAGCAUCCGUCAACUUAUUUACAUUAAAUACAAAAAGUGUGUAAUUGGUACCAGCCGAUCAACUGCAUACUUCAUUAUAGUGUAUCAUGACUUUAAGGAAAAAGACAAAAAUUUAUAAUCAGUAGAUGCAAGAAAUGUAGGCAAAUAUAAUAUAAUUAAUAUAUAUACAUAUUAAAUAAAAAAAAUGAAAUGUGUGACGUUUACUCUUACUAAAAUAGAAAAUUAAUUUUAUUUUUUAUUCUAAUUUUAUCUAUGCUUUAGUUUUAAUAUUUUAUUGGUAUUGUUAAUAAUCAAAUAUGCAUCAGCAUAAUAAUCUCUGUGAAUGGAAAAGUUAUAUAAAGAAAUUUAUGUUAUCAUUAUAUAAAUGUAUUAAUUGGAAUACAAAAUGUUAUAAAUAAUAACAAUUAAAAUAUCACUAAAAUAUCAAAAUAUAUUAUAUUAAAUUGUAGUGCAAAUUAUUUUAAGUAAAAA